AUGGCGUGCGUCCCCUCCGCCGUCUCCGCCGCGUUCCUCGUCCCCGCGAGACCGCGCGUCUCCGUCGCCGCGCGCCGCGGCGUCGUCCCCGUCCGCGCGUCCGUCCCCGACGCGACCGACGCGUCGUCGUCGGCGAUCCCGGCGAUCGACGUCCAUCCGAUCGUCCCGCGCCGCGUCCUCGGCGUCUCCGCGACCGCCGCGCUGUUCGCGACCUCGAUCGCGCCGUCCCCGGCGCGCGCGAACGACGACGACCUCGAGGUCGUCUCCGAGACCGCCGGCUUCGGCGCGAAGACCGCGAAGACCGGAGACUUGGUCCUCGUCAACUACGUCGCGACGGUCGGCGACGACACGCUCGUGGACACGACGUACGGCGGCGAGAAGUUCUUCACCAACGGCGCGCAGCAGUCCGUGCAGCCCGCGGAGCCGAGGCCGGUGAUCGUGCGGGUGAACGGUAUCGACCCGGUCCCGGGGCAGUGCGCGGGGUUGAAGCGCGCGGUGGAGGGGAUGCGCGUGGGCGGCGUGAAGACCGUGCGCGUGGCCCCCGCCGCGGGGUUCGGAGACGCCGCGACGCGAUCGCCGUUCGCGCUCAUCCCGGGGGGGAGCGUCGUGACGUACGAGAUCACCGUGCUGCGGUUGUCCGACACCGGGCCGGACGCGCUGUUCAAGGACGUCGCGGGGUGCGGGCUGGGGGGUGCGAACACGAUGACGAACGGGUGCGGCGGGAUCGUUCCGGCGGAGUGA